UUUUCAAAACAUUUCACUUUCAUACCUCAACUACUAUUUUAUUUCAAUAUAGUACAUUCGUUACAUUUUCUAUCAAUUGAUCCGUUAAAUACUGACGUGGUUGCCAGAUAUCUGCCACGUGGCAAAUAAAAAUAAUUUUUUAUUUUUUUUAAAACCUAAAUUUUCUCAAAAAAAAAAAAAAAAUUGAAACCCACUAUCCCUCACCCCCACCCCCUUCCAAGCGACCCACAUCCCCAUCCCUAACCUAGAAUCCAAAAACCUGCAAGAAGAAGAAGAAGAAGAAGAGGGAGAAAAAAGAAAAAGAAAAAAAAAACCCCAGUUCGUCCCACCCUAGCCACUCCUUUCUCCCAUCCCCCAUCACCCCUCCUAAAAAUCCCCCCAUCACCCACCCCCAAAAAUUCCACCCGAGAUUAGGUGGAUCUACCACAAAACCAGACCAAAAAUCAUCUCAAACUCAAAAGUAUUUUCAAAACUCACCCACACUAAAAAUCACGAGAUCCUGGCGGCAGGGGGAAGGGAGGUGGGUCGCAGGUCGUGGUGGGGGGAAGGAAGUUGAGGUAUGAAAGUGAAAUGAUGUUGUAUGCGAUUGUAAUAGACUUCAAACCUGAUGGGUAUUGUGUAAUUUACCCUUAAAAAAUUGAUUUUUCACUUUUAAGUUUUAAAACAUGUCAAUAAUCACAAAUGGUUGGACAAAGAGGUGACGUUAGCGUUGUUCUUUAAAAAUUAGGGUUUAUACAUCAACGCCUUGUUUGAAUCAUACUAUAUUGAGAAUUAUGUAUAUUAAAUUUACAUCUGUUGGUGGACAAAUGGCAUUCAUAUUUUUGGACUUUGGGAUGCAGGCCAUAUUGAUAACAUAAAAAACAUCGAUGUCGUUGUUCUGCCCUUGAUUUCCAUGCGAUAUAGGACUCUGUCAAAAUUGGGUAAUAUUAAAUUUAUAAUGAUGCUUUCAUAAGUAAGGAACUAGGAAUAAGAAACUCAGACGAUCUUUAAUGUGUUCAUGUUUGCGAUUAAAAAGUGCUUUUACCAACUAGAAUUGAGAGCCUAAAUCGUGAUUUUUCGUGAUGACGAAUGCUAUGUUUUCUUUCGGGGAUUUCAAUUUCGGUGGAGUUCAUGAUAUAUUCGGCUCAAAUGAGAAAGGUUUUGAUGGCAUGGAAGCGGAGAACAAUGUCGGGAAACAAGUGAAUUUGUUUGGAGCAGAGGAAUGGGGGAAGUUGGGGGAGUUUGGUUCCGUUGAUUCGGAUCAUGGAUUCUGUGGAAAUGACUACUCCUCUGGAGGAAACUUGCUUCCCAAGUAUCAACAAGAAGAACAGCAGCAGCCACUGAUUCCAUACUAUGGACUGUAUGAUGCCAUGCAGUUUGAUCCUCUCUCAGUGCCAUUCCAAGCGUGCUUAGGGAAGAUUGCAAAGCUCGAAGACAUCCCGAAUUUGGUUCCACAUGUUGAACCAAAGAAAGAGAAGCGAGACCCUUUCUCCUCAUUGGCAGGGCUUGAUCUCUUGAACAGCUAUGGCAGCGGGUUUAAGCGGUUGAAUGGAGAAAGAAAUUUUGAGUCAAGCAACUACAAGACGUGCACAGAUCAGGUGGCUACAGGCAGGAAGCUUUCAACUGAAGAAAUCAUGAGGGUGGCAGGAGCAAGGUUCAUUCAGACUUAUUCUCAAGUGUCUGAUGUUCCCUCCAUGCUGAGUCAUCCGUUUGGAUCCUCCUUUUCGGGCCUGUCAGAUGAGGAAGCUAGAGACGUGGAGCUUGUUGAGUUCCUUCUUGCUUCUGCAGAGAAAGUAGGUUAUCAGCAGUAUGAGCGUGCUGGGAAUUUGCUUAAACGUUGUGAUUCACGUUCUUCCAGUACCGGGAAUCCAGUUGAACGAGUGGUUCAUUUUUUUUCUGAAGCUCUCCUAGAGAAGAUUGAUCGAGAAACUGGAAGAGUCGCACCAAAAGUUUUGGGGAACAAGCAGUCAUUUGAUGUUGAUAUAGCAAUGAAGAUUCCUAAUGAUACCUCCCUGACAUGUCAAAUCAAGCUUCCCUUUGGGCAAGUAGUACAAUUUGCUGGAAUUCAAGCCAUUGUGGAAAAUGUGGCUGAGGCUAAGAAGGUACAUGUGAUUGAUCUGGAAAUCCGGAAUGGGGUGCAGUGGACAGGUCUGAUGCAAGCCUUAGCAUCACGUUAUGAUUGUCCGCUUGAGCUUCUCAAGAUAACUGCUGUUGGAACUACUUGUCGAGAAUCGGUUGAGGAAACAGGUAAGAGGUUGGGGAGUUUUGCACAAACCAUGAACUUACCCUUUUCUUUUAAAAUAGUGAUGGUAGAAGACAUGCUAGAUCUCAAAGAAGACAUGUUCGAGCUAGAUUCUGAAGAAACAGUUGCGGUCUACUCUGAAUUCGCGCUGAGGAGCAUGGUUCCAAAACCAGAUCGACUUGAGUCUGUAAUGAAGGUGAUAAAAAACAUCCGUCCAUGUGUAACUGUGGUCACUGAAGUUGAGGCAAAUCACAACUCGCCAGUCUUUGUAACUCGCUUUAUUGAUGCCCUUUUCUACUUCGCUGCGUUCUUUGACUGCUUGGAAACUUGCAUCCAACGAGAUGAUCCAAACAGAAGUAUUUUGGAAUCAAUGUACUUUGGGACCGGAAUUAGAAAUAUUGUGGCAAAUGAAGGAGAGGAAAGGAAUAUCCGAAAUGUGAAAAUUGAUGUUUGGAGGGCAUUUUUUGCGCGGUAUGGAAUGGAGGAGAUAGAAUUGAGUUCAUCGUCGUUGUACCAAGCAGACCUGAUUCUUAAGAAUUUUCCGUACGGGAAUUCUUGCACGCUCAAUAUGGAUGGGAAAUGCCUGCUUCUUGGAUGGAAGGGCACACCUCUCCAUUCUCUUUCUCUUUGGAAAUUUCUUUGAUGAAAUAAAUAAAAAGGAGGUUGCCUGUAGUUUUAAA